UCCUUGUGGUCCAAGAGGAAGAAUUUGAGCACAACAGCAACGUGAGCAACGGGAAGUUUUGUCGGUGUCGAGUACCUAUCCGAGAAUUGCUUGCUAAAGAGCAAAUAUGAAACUAAGUUACUUUUCGCUAACUUUACUAACGAUAAAUUUGCUGCAUUUUGCAAUUGGUGAUGUGUCAUUAUCUGACGACCCUUCGUUAUGGCCUGGGCAUUUGCAACCGUUAGGAGCCGGAAGACCGAAAAUGAAAGUCGAAGAAGUUGAUGGGUUUCCAAAACCAGAAGAUUUCUUCAAGAAUUUUGUGCACACAAAACCAAAGAAGGCAGUCAUUUUCAAGGGUGGCGCAAAGCUCUCCCCAGCUUUCACAUUAUGGACAGAUGAGUACUUAAAGAAUCACCCUGAUUCUGAGACGAUGCAGUUUGAUGUCGAGGUUGGGAAAAAAGAAACAAGACAAGGAAAUAUGGAAAGAAGAAAUGUCAAGGAGUUUGUUGAGUCAUAUCGCCACGAUGAUGUAUAUGCUGUCACUGAUGUCCCACAAAAUCUCCAGAAUUUGUUUCUUCUCCCCCCUGUUCUACGAUGCAACAGCAUUAAAGGCCAGUUGUCAAUGAUGUUGAUGUGGUUCAGUUCAGGUGGCACAAAGUCAGUGCUGCACCAAGACUCAUUUGAGAAUAUCAACUGCCUUUUCAGAGGUCAGAAAAGACUCCUCAUUGCAGAAUAUCCAAAGUACAAGAAGCAGGUUGUAAUUGAUAGGCCAAAUGGCUACACAGCAGUUGAUGUUGAUAAAGUUGAUUUUGUAAAAUAUCCUGGAUUACGUGAAGUUGAGUACUUUGAGGCAAAUAUGGAAGAAGGCGACUGUCUAUAUAUUCCCUACCAGUGGUUCCAUCAGGUUACAUCAUAUGCAAAUGAAAAUAAAACAAAUAUGGCCCUCAACGUUUGGUGGUAUAAAAAUGACUCCUAUGCUCCACAAGAUUGCAAGAUGUCACCAGAAGAGGCUACACUUGACAAAUUCCAAUUUAAAGACCAUAAUCAAAAUGCAUAUGGUAGUGAUGACCAAGAAGAUGAAAGUGACAAUAUUGAAAGCAGAUAUGGGUUACUUUUCCAAGAAUAUUUCAAGAUAAAGAAUGCUGAAGAGAUCUCGUUUGACACAUUUUUGGAAGAUAUUGAAGAUUCGAAUGGACCCCUGGCUGAACUUGGUGUGCAUGAGAUUCAAAACAAACCCAGAAGAAAGAAAUUUGCUACUUUGUUUUACAAAGCUUUGGAUAUUGAUAAUAGCGGAGAGCUCAAUUUCAAAGACUAUAAUUAUGAUUUUGGUGAAAGUGAGGAUGAUCAAGGAGACAAUUAUUCACCAGAGAAAAUGGCAAAGUUAAAUGAAUUUUCCAAAGUAUCCCGAUUGCUGGAAAGAUAUUUUAACUGGCUUGAAAAGAAGAAUGAAGAAGUGAAAUCUCAGGAAGACACAGAGAAUAACAUUGUUGACCAAGAUCAAGAAAAGUCUUCAGGCCAGCCAAUAAAAGAGGAGCUUUGAGAUAAAUUUGAUAAUGGUUGUUGUUUUAUAUUGCUGAGUAUUUUUAACUAGGUUUUUUGUUAAAUUUUUAUAGGUAAAAAUAAUUAUGAAGUUAAGUGGGUUUACCUUAAAUCUUUCAACAAAAUCUUUUGCCAGCUAAUCACCAAGGAAAGUGACUAAAGUCAACUCUACUUAUAAUCACUACGCUUAGGGUCACCUCUACUAGUUACAGUCACAGAAUUUUACCCAAAAUAUAUAGCUCAUCAAUUGGGCUCUGUUUACAGUUGCAUUCUUUUUAUAGUAUAAAGCAAUACUUGGUGAGAAUAUAACCAAAAUGUACCAUUCUUAACACUUUGCAAAACCUUAAGUCUUCAUUCUAACUAGAAUCUUUCUACCAUAUUUCACUAUUCAAAACUCACCUUUGGCAUAUUGCAAAAAUCUCAAGAUACUGCAUAUUUGUGGACAAAUUUUAAUAAGACAAACCUAAAAGCCAACAAGGCACUAGAAUGACUUUUACUCCUAGCCCUACCCAUUGUGUGGAAAGGCAGGACCCUGGCUCCAAGCUUUCUCCCUAAAGAGAAUUAUUGCUUCUCUACUAAAUAAGGUUAUUGCCUUUCUGAUCCCCAUAGCAAACAGACUGUAUCUCACAAAUGCAAAAAGUGUUGCUUUUUGUUAUAAUUUUCUGUCCAUUUUCUUUAUCUUUCUAAGUAAAUGACAUUUACAUCAUUAAGUAAUAUCUCUUUUAGAACCACUGACUAAGCACAAAACAAAUAGUAUGCCUACAAAAUGUAUAAAUAAUAUAUGUUAUUUAUACUAACACCAUGAAUGAGACCUUGUUAAAUUUGUUCAUGAUUAAAAUUCAAAGGUUGUUAUCAUUGAAAAAAGUCACUGUUAAUGCCUCUCGUUCCAACAUAUGUGUUUUGUUUUGCUUAGAUAGGCAAAGUAGUCACUAACAUUACUCACUAGUAACUAAUAACAACAAUAAUAACGGUUUCUUAUUUGUCACAAUAAAAUAACUGUAGUUAUUUCUACAUGCACACACAAUUUUACAAUCAUAUUGCCAAGUACCAGAGACAGCUGGGUUUACUUUAAUAGAUUGUGAGAUAAUAUUUAGUACACCAUAUUUGCCAUGUAGAAGCAAGCCUAAGUAACUUCAUGGAAAAACUUAUUAUAGUCAAAAUUUUGAAGUUACAGCAUGCAAAGUUAAAUACACCAUACCCAAGUCAAACUGAAUAUGCAAUACAGCUGAGAUCCAUGCCCACUAAAUGCCCACUGUUUCAUUGUUUGGCAUUAAUGGAAAUGGAACAUCAUACGGUAUUUGAGUUUUUUCACAAAAAGGUGAAUCUGCCCCUUUGCAACUAAUCAAAGGCAGAUGGCUGCUUGACUGUUAUUUAUAAAAUAUCUAGCUAUUUAUACAUGGCUUUUCAUGAGAGAGCAGUAGAAGUUUAUGUUUUCAUAGUUUUUAUUACCUGCUACACGAACAACACAUUUGCUUUAAUUUCAUUGUAAAUUUCUAAUGUAAUUUUUCACUGAGAUUUUUACUCUAAUCACAUUAGCUGCUAUCUACAAGUACAUAUUUGGCUGUCAAUAGUUACUAACCAUGUGUUGCUAAUUCAAAACAUUUUUGAGAAUUUAUUUUGUUAUUUUUUCUAAACAAUCUCACUUUUCAUUCCCUUGUCAAACUGCUCAUAAAAUUUGCACUCUCUGGCUUAACCCCUCUCAUGCUAAGUGAAACUUUUUUCAUGUCAUUGAUUCUAAACACAGACUGUUGAAUCUGUUUUCUGUGUCAGUGAUUUUAUUUUUCAUUUUACAAUCUGGGUGUUAAUUUUUUAUAGCAUUUCUAUAUGUCUUCCUAUGAUUUGUUGGCUUUUUUCAUACUUGUCAAGUCUUAUGUUUUAUGUUUUUUCUCUGCUUGAGAUGUGUGUUUUAAACAACAUUUGUAUGAACCACAUUCAAAUUCUUGAGGUUUUAUGUUCUUAAAAGAAUAUUGAAACUUAAACUGAAUUGUUUUUUUUCCUUUGUAAUUUUUAAAAAAAAAUGUACCUAUUGGGUUUAGAAUAUUUGUAAACUGUUCAUAAUGAGUCAUGUAUUUUGCUUUUUACAGUUUUCAUUCUGCAUUUGUUUUCAACCAAAUUUAACAAAUUACAAAAAAUAUGGUUUUCUUAUGGUUUACAUAGGGUUUUAUACAAA